GAAAAAACUAAAGCAGCCGCAGUUUAUCACCCUGCUGAGAGUCUGCUGGAAGACACCCAGAAGUGUCUGCUACGAACUGUGACGCUAACAUGAAAGCACAGAUACUCAUCAUGGAGAAGCAAAAACAAGAGCUUCUUUCUAUUAAUGAGAGAUGGGCGAAGGAGUACCGAAUCAUAGUACAGUACUACCAAGAUAAGGUGCGGGAUUUAAAAGCAUUACUGCAACAUAACAACUUUCACUCUAAAGAAGAGGAGACGCACAUCGCAUUGUUCAAAAAAUCUAACGUCAAGACAGUGAUAGAAGAAGAGAGCACACAGGCAGGAAACAGUGACGUCAAUGCCGAGGUACUCAGAGCAGAGAGGGAAGCAAAGGAACUCCGAGCACAUAACAGCACUCUGACCCGAAAAGGGCUGCAUCAGCAGGAAGAGAUCAAGCGACUGAACAAGGCUCUAGAAGAGACAUUUAUCACCACUAAGCCUCUUGCUGCAAGCAAUGAAACACUACAGGAUGUCUGGAAGCAUCAGGCUGAGAUUUAUAAGGAGGACUUUUUGAAAGAGCGGAAGGACAGAGAGAUCCUCAAGGGGAAGUGUCUGGAACUGGAGAAGGGGUUGAGAAAAGCUCACAAGGAGGUUCACGUCCUAAAAUCACAGGAAUCUUUAUACAUCCUCCUUUCCAACAGCAGUCCUCAGUAUACAGAGCGCAGCUGCUUGGGGGGCAGCCAAGAGCAAGGGCCCCCGAGGGUGGCAAACAGGAUGCCCAAAAAACUCUUCCACCUGCUGCUCUGCGGCUCUUACUGUGCUGCAAUGUCCUCGCACAGCGCCGGCCUUUAG